AUGAACUUCGCGCCUCGGCUCUCUGCUAGGGCGAUUCCGCGCGGGCUGAGGGCGAUAAGACAGCAGCACCAACACCAUGGGCAGAACAUAGUGCGUUGUUGGACUAGCACCGCAGCUGGACGAGGAGCUGAAGUGUCACCAGGCUUAUCGUGGAAGACAGGCCAGGUCGUCGGUGCUCUGGCUGUUGCUAUCGGUGCCGGGUAUGCACUCGGUGUUUAUAACUCCGGUUCUGCCUCUCUCGGCUUGUUGAGCUACAAACAUGAGGUUUCACCUGUCUACGGCUCGAUAAAGGACUUUGAACGGGUUAAUACUCUUCCAUCCUCUCUCGAUAUCACCGACGACGAGGACCUACGGCUACACGGAUACUCUGAAUGGUCAACGGUCAAUUGUGACCAGCUACCAGUUGCCGUGGCCUAUCCCAAAUCAACCGCCGAUGUCUCCAAGAUAGCUCAAGUAUGCUACAAGUUCAAGGUGCCUAUGGUUCCCUACUCCGGCGGGUCGAGUCUCGAGGGAAACUUUUCGGCUCCCUUCGGUGGCAUGAGCAUCGACUUCGCUCAUAUGGAUAAGAUAAUCAAACUACACUCCGAUGAUCUUGACGUUGUGGUGCAGCCUUCGAUUCAAUGGAUGGAACUUAACGAACAGAUCAAACAUUCCGGUCUGUUCUUCCCCAUUGAUCCGGGCCCGUCAGCUAAGAUCGGAGGUAUGAUUGGUACCAAUUGCAGCGGUACAAACGCUGUUAGAUACGGAACUAUGAAAGACUGGGUUAUAAACUUGACUGUCGUGCUAGCCGACGGUCGAGUGAUCAAGACACGCAACCGGCCUCGGAAAAGCUCGGCAGGGUAUAACCUUGCCGGCAUAUUCGUUGGGUCAGAGGGCACGCUCGGGCUAGUCACUGAAGCCACGCUCAAGUUAGCCGUCAUUCCAGAGGAAACUCGAGUGGGAAUUGCUACGUUUCCAUCUAUAAGAGAUGCAGCCAACGUUGCCAUGGCGGUGAUACGUUCGGGCGUGCAGGUGCAGUGCGUCGAGAUACUGGAUGAUGUCCAUAUGGAUAUUAUCAACAGAGCUGGCGGGACAAACAGAACUUGGAAGCCUGCGACGACUCUCUUCUUCAAGUUCUCCGGCACCCGCAAUGGGGUAGCUGACUCGAUUAGCCGGACGAAGUCAAUUGCAAGAGACCAUAAUAGCACGUCAUUUGAGUUUGCAAGGACAGACCAGGAGGGCCAUGAGCUGUGGUCUGCCAGAAAGCAAACCCUCUGGAGCAUGCUGGCUCUUCGCAAAGAAGGCUCAGAUGACGUCUGGUCUACGGAUGUUGCUGUCCCAUUGUCUAGACUUCCUGAUAUCAUUGAGCUUUCGAAGAAAGACCUUGACGAACUAGACUUGUUUGCCGGUAUAGUCGGUCACAUCGGGGACGGUAAUUUCCAUGAAGGUAUAGUAUACAACAGGAACAAUCCCGAGGAAGUAUCCAGAAUCGAAAAAUGCGUCCACGACAUGGUCGACAGAGCUUUGGAGAUGGAUGGAUCUUGCACUGGUGAGCAUGGCAUUGGCCUAGGAAAGAAGAAAUAUCUAGUUAAGGAGCUAGGCAUGGACACACUUAAUGUCAUGCGGAGUAUCAAGCGAUCUCUUGACCCGUUAUGGCUGCUGAAUCCUGGCAAGAUAUUCGAUGCAGUGCCUGGCGAGGAUGAAAGGAAAUCAAAGAAGUGA